UAUUUUAAUCCACAGGUAGGUUUUAUUUUCUAGGGUUUUGUCUCGUUCCUAUGUGUGUCGCUGUGUUCCUUUUGAGUCUUAUGGUAUUGUUUUCUUGUGUUUCUCUAUUUUCUUUGUCGGUAACAGUCACUUGAAUUCGUAAGAUAUGGACAUCAAUGGAUUGCCUGAUGACUUGCUUGUGAAGAUAUUAUCGUUUCUUCCAACAAAAGUUGCUGUAUCCACUUGCGUUCUGUCUAAACGAUCGGAGUUUCUCUGGCUGUGGUUGCCUAAUCUCGAGUUCGAAUGUGACUGGGACCCAAGGCCUGGACUUCUUGGGGAUUUUAUCAACAAGAAGCUGCCAUUACAUAGAGCUCCAGUCAUUGAAACAUUGCGUCUCCACCCAGCUUGGAAUCCACAUAUUAAACCUGAAAUCGCGGUUUCUCGCCAUGUACGUGAGCUGGAACUUGAUUAUUAUUCAGAAAAUGAAAACCUAUUUCCAAGUAGCUUGUUUACCUGCAAAUCACUAGUGACCUUGAAACUCAACCCCGCGACUCUCAAGGAUGUUCCCACUAGGGUUUGUCUUCCCUCUCUGAAAAAUUUGCAACUUCAAACUCAGUUAUUUUUCGAAGAUGGAAAAUCUCUGCAACAGCUUCUAUCUGGUUGUCCUGUUCUUGAAGAUCUAUCAGUGCAAUUUCCUUAUAAUGACAAUAUAAGAGAGUUCACUAUAAGCAUCCCGUCUUUGCAGAUUUUAUCACUCUUGUUACAUAUGAAUGGGAAUAUAAAUAGGUACGAGAUAGAUACUCCUUCUUUAAAGUAUUUGAAACUUGUGGACUGGAAUAAUAGGGAACACUACUCUUUUAUUAAGAAUAUGCCUAAGCUUAGGGAAGCAUAUGUCGAUGUUGGAUACUCUAAUCUCAAGAAUCUUAUUAUUGGAUCAAUCAUAUUCACAUCUGUUAAGCGUCUUACGAUAUGUUCUUCAGAGGGUUCGUAUGGUGAUGGUUGUGUUUUCAAGGAGCUUGAACAACUAAACCUAUGUGUGUGCAGAAACAAUUCAUUGAAUCUCCUUGGCCAAUUGCUCAAAGGUUCUCCUAACUUACGAGUAUUAGACAUCUCUGCAAUGAAAGAUCAUUUGGGUGAUGAGCCUAAUGGUAUUGUUUGCUCGAAUCAACUGAGUUCUAUUCCUGAAUGCUUGUUGUCGAGUCUACAUAUUUUCAACUGCUCACCAUACUUUGGGACACCACAAGACAGAGAUAUCGCGGUUUACAUCUUGAAAAACGCUCGUCACUUAAAGAAAGCAACAUUCUUGGCUGAUACAUGGGAUACUGUUGUUCCAAAACUUCAAAUGAUCAAGGAGCUGAGACUUUCUCCCCGAGCUUCAAGCACAUGCGAACUCAUAUUCGCUGAGGACUUAGAUCAUAUUGAGAGACUUGAAGGAUUAGAUGUUUUCUUUUGUAUAAAGAAGCUCUAAUUUCCAUAAGGGGGUCAGCUGACCCCCCUAAAAUUCUGAAAUUGUUUUAGAUUCCCUUAAGUCU